AUGGCGAGCGCUUUCCUCUCUUCCAUCCUAUCAAAAACCAGCCAAGUACUGGGCUUUGCUCAGAGAUCGGCAGUCUUGCCGUCUUCAUCAUCGGAUCCACGCAGCAGCGUCCUGAAAGAGCUGAAGAAGCUGGAGAGAACAUUAAAGAGGAUCCAAGCAGUGCUCCAUGACGCGCAGGAGAGGGAGAUACGAGAGGAAUCCGUCAAGCUCUGGCUGAAGGAGCUUAAAGCAGUGGCUUAUGAAGCAGAUGACGUGCUGGACGAGUACCAGUACGAGGUACUGCGAGCCCAAGUGGAAGGCCGAGCUUCCCUCAAUGGGAAGCGAGGGGUAGGGGACGACCAGGAAGAGGUUUCAAUUCCGGACGGCAUGGGGGAUAGAAUCAGGGACAUCAGGGAGAGGUUCGAUGAGAUCUCUCAGGAUCGGGAACGCCUCCGUUUAAGAGAGGAAGAUGGAAAGCGACGGGUCCUCGAAGCUCCAUACCCCGCACCAACCAGCCACAUGAUGGAUGAGUCGAGUAUUUAUGGAAGGGAAGACGACAAGCAGAAAGUAAUUGAUUUGCUGUUUUCCGAGGGUGGGGAAAAUGAUGUCUCCGUCAUUCCGAUUGUUGGCAUGGGGGGACUGGGAAAAACCACCAUCGCCCAGCUGGUCUACAACGACCCCAAGUUCUUCCCCCCUGGUAGUCCCUCCUUCCUCUUGGAGCUUCAUGGCUCCUUCACCUUCGGCUCCAGGGCUUCGGCUCUCUGUGUUCUAGGGGGUCUGUGA